AUGGCUAGGCAACCGACUGCUGCGCAACUUUUCGCCGAGUCGUUACUGCUAAAGAUAGUUCGAGUGUCGGUACCUACGUACAGGGUGCGGGGACAGCCCGCUCAGUUCGAGUGUGACUAUGAACUGGGCGAAGACAACUUAUACUCUGUCAAAUGGUACAGAGAUAAUGAAGAGUUUUACCGAUACAUGCCCAAGUAUGACCCACCGAAGCACGCCUACAAAUUGGAAGGGAUCAAAGUGGAUUUACAAAAAUCAGACGACCGAAGAGUCGUCUUGCACCAGGUGACCCUCAAAUCGAGUGGACUGUACAGGUGUGAGGUGUCCGCUGAAGCGCCAAGCUUCGCAUCAGCAGCUGGAGAAGGAAGGAUGGAAGUUAUAUAUUUACCGAGGGAAGGUCCAAGAAUAACAGGCAACGAGCAAGAGAAUAGAAGAGGGGACUCCUUAUUCCUGAACUGUACGUCGGGACGGUCGUACCCCGCGGCGGUACUCAGUUGGGACAUUGAUGGAGAAAAGAAAACUGUUGAAGGCAAAUCCUCCGCUAACGGAGGUCACCGGUGA